CAAGUCCAAAUAAGAAACGCGCGUGCGCAGCCGUCGCCAUCGCCAGUCGAACGUUAGCAGCCUCCGCGUCAACUUGUGCUCCGGUCUCCAUCUCUCUAUUGCUCUCUGUGUGUGUGUUGUUUGUGUGCUUGCUGGGUUCCAUAUCCACACUUAAGACCCCUUCGCCAACUCCGAGAUCUGGGCAGUGCACUUGGAUUUUGCAUGUGCCGCACAUUGCAUUAUUUUGUAUUAUUUAUAGCAACUUGUUUUCAAAGUCAUUACGUGUCGUGCACGCCGCCGCCGUCGUCGUAGUCGGUGAACAAAUUGUGCAUUUUAAAAACAAUUCAAUAAGCAAUAAGCCUGCUCCAGCUGCAAGAAGCCAGAGAAGGCGCAACAAGGCUGCGGCUGGGACACAUUCAACAAUUUAUGCGAUAUCUUUUGGGCUUUUCUGGAGCUUCCCGACACAUUCUCGGACUGCACCGCCUGCAUACGAAACUCGGCAAAAAUAUGCAAAUGGAAAAGCGCACGCUGCUGCUUCUGUUGCUGGGAUUGGUGCUGGUGCUGUCCCUCGAUUCAUCCCAGGCAGCGCGUCGUCUGCGCAAGAAGCCAAAAGUCUACAAUGCCCUCAUCACCACCGAUGAUAAUCUCACCUCGAGCAGGGCCUAUCCUGUCAUCCAGCCCACCAUACAUGAGCCGGGCUAUGCUCCCUUCGGACCGUACAAUCCCUAUGGCUUCUACAGUCCCCCAUCGGUGCGGUUUGGUCAGCCAAUUGUGCCCGGUUUGACGCCCAACGAGAGGCUGCCUUAUCCGCUGCCCACUGGCGCACAGUAUCCUGCGGGAUUUGCACCCUACGAGCACCAGCAGCCGGUGGAAACGCCUGUGGAGCAGCAGCCUGCUCCUCCCUCACUGGAGCCCAAGGAGAUGACCAAGGAACAGAUGCCGCUGCCACUCAACGAGCAGGGACUGCCGCCGGUUCUCAUCCGUCUGCCAUCGCAGUACACGGGACAGCCGACGCAUCUCCUCCCCUAUCCGUACAGCCAGUACCCGGUGAUCUACGACCAGGCUGGCUAUGUGCGCCAGAACUAUCUGCCGCCCUACGACUACUAUCCCACACAGGGCUACCCAAUGCGGGAGCCCACAACAGCAGCAGAAGCACCCGCACCACCGCCACCACCCUCGCCGCCCAAGGAGGAACCACAGCCACUGCCGUUGGAGCUGAGCCUGGAGCCGGUGAAGCCCAGUUUCGAGGACAUCAGAAACGGAUCGGAGAGUAAAAACAGAGAGGUUCCCGAUGUGCCGCCGCCACCAAUACCCUCGGGUCCGAGGCGCACGCGACCCGCUGAGCCGGACAAUUGAGGCGCUGCUCUUUGCGCAUAAGAUCCAAUCCACACACGUAUUUAUUACCAUAUUUGUUAGGCAUACCGAUUGGAUAUAUUGUACAAUGUCGUUUAACCCGUAAGCUUAGUAAGUGUUCGUUCGCAUCACAGAUUACAGAAUAAAAUGUAAAAUCACCAAAGCGGUGA